AGACCAUUCCCGUUCGGCGCCACGUCAUCGCCAGCCGAAGAACUCUCUGGGCCACCAUUCGCACGCGCCGUUGUGUGGGUCCCACCACCUCCGGAUUCGAGGCGUUCCAUCACUCGGGACACGGUGGCACUCACCUCCCUCCGAACCUCCGAGCCGAUCUCCACCAUGCUCGGGCUCCGGGAGAAAAGCUUCUCCUUCAACUCUUUGAUUAUUAUUAACUCAUACUUUGACGAAAUGGAACUGAAUCGAGACUUCCAUGUGUCGGAAAACGAAUGGAACUCCGAGGGGCCCGCGCUGUCUCGAUUCGGCAACGAUGGCCGGGUUGCAUUGUCUCUGAAAAAAGGGGAGAAUAUA